AUGUACUCAGUCCCAGCAGAGCCUGAAUGAAAGACUGUGUUCUCCGCCCAGCUCAGAGUCACAAAUCAUGCUGGUUGUCGAGGAAAACAAAGCUUAAGACCCAAGAUGAAGGCAGAGAAGGAGGCUCCUUCUAAAGCCAAAAUAAUUUCCCAGAUUUUAUUACUCGUGUGUUUUGGUUCCUUCCAUUCAGGUGGGGUACUGGCAGUGAAUAUGACUAUCCCCAAAACUCUCAUCAGAGGUACAGUAGGAGGGGAGGCCCUUUUGUCUGUCAGCUACAGUAGUUUCAGCCUCGACCUGCCGGUCAUCAAGUGGCAGCUCAAGAGGGAAAAGUCUGUCACUGUUGUCCAGUCGAUUGGAACUGACAUCAUUGGGACACUGAGGCCGGAGUAUCGUGACCGCAUCCUGGUAUUUGAAAAUGGGACUUUGCUUCUCCACAAUAUCCGGCUCUCUGAUGAUGGAACGUAUGAUGUGGAGAUCUCAAUCACAGAUGAUUCCUUCACAGGAGAGGGCAGCAUCACACUCACUGUGGAUGAGUCUAUAUCCAGGCCCUAUAUCUACAUGGAGUCUUCAUCAGUCCUGGAACUCAGCGAAAACGUCAUUCUCAACUGCUCUCAUGAAAAUGGAACCAGGACUACAUACAAGUGGUUCAAAGGUGGAAAGCCACUGAGCAAUGUGACGAGGUUCGUGUUGUCGCCUGACCAGAAGCUCUUGACCAUCACACGGGUGGUGAUGGCAGAUGAUGACAUCUACAGCUGUGCAGUGGAGAAUCCUGUGGGGAAUAUGACAAGCCUGCCUAUCAGACUGACUGUCUACAAAAGAAGUUCACUCUAUAUCAUCCUUUCUACUGGGGGCAUCUUCCUCCUCAUCACCUUGGUAACUGUAUGUGCCUGCUGGACACCCUCCAAAAAAUCAAGACAUCCACCUAGAAAGCCUCUCUCCAGGUUUUAUGACCACUCUCAACACUCACCAAUCAUUCACACAGAUGAUGUGCUUCCAAAAAUGACGGCACAUAAUGGAGUAAAUGCAGUAACUUCACUUUACAUCCUCCAGCAAAAGGAUCCAUCUAUGGAUGACUCAUCCAGCAACAGUAUUGGAUCUCCUUCUGAACUUGACAACCCACCGUGCUACACCAGUUCCCCCAACUUCAACGAUCCUCUAACUCAGUCCACAGGGUCACCUGCCCACUCCUCCCACAGGUGUACCUGAAAGCCCAUCAGUUUAAACUCUCCACAUCUCAGCAAGCAGGGUGUCAGACCGUUCUCCUGACUCUAGAUGGAAAUUUGCUGCACAUGUCAAGUCAAGUCAACUUUAUUUAUAUAGCCCAAUAUCACAAAUCACAAUUUGCCUCAAUGGGCUUUACAAUCUGUACAGCAAACAGCUCAUCAUUCUUUGUCCUCAGACACCCGAAUCAAAUGACAAAACCUUUUAGCAGGAACAAAAUGGAAUACAUCUGCCGGGAGUUUGGCAAAGAUCUCAAAAAAAAUUCUGGGCCCGUUGAUAUGUGUUUAUUAAAGUAAACUGUAACUGUUCUUAAGUUAGAAAUACAGCCCGUGAAGAAAUAAGAUGGUAGCGUGAUAUCAGAUAUGUUUUUAAACCGCUUUGAAGUCUAAAACUGGGUUUACCAUUAACCACCACGGUUGUUGGUUACUGGAACAACAAAAUUCAAAAUUUCGGAAAUGGCAUGAAGCCUGAAUGAAGUUGAGGUGGGGUCGGUAAGAUGAAUCAGUAUGAUUUUAGUAUGAUAAAGAGAAUGGCCUGUAGAUUAAGGCGUAUUUACACCCCACCACCCACUUCUCUUUAGGCUUAAUUAUCAAAUCAUCACAAAACAAGAUGGGCUUUGGUGAUGGUUGUAAAUGUAAAUUAUUUUUCUUGUAAAAAUCACCCUCAGAAUUGUUACUCUGUUACAUAUAUUUUCUGUGGUGUUAAAUGAAAUUUAUUAUUUACUUU